AUGACUGUCACUAGCCCAUGUAUCAAAGAUGGAAGUCUGAUGGUGAAUGGGAAGGUUUUGAUUAAUCGGGUCCCGCCAAACAUUACCGUUUCCCCAAUUGGGUCUUCUGCUGCUUAUGUGGGUGCAACUUCAUCUGUUUCUAGCAGUAAACAUGUCUUCUCCCUUGGAUUUCUCAAGGAAUACCGUUUCAUGUGUCUCUAUCGAUUCAAAAUUUGGUGGAUGCAACCAUGUACUGGAAGUGUGGCCCGUGAAAUUCCAAUUGAAACUCAAAUGCUUCUCCUUGAAGUAACAGAAAACUCUGAAGUUGCUCAGUCAGAGUUUCUAUCAUCAGAAGACACCUUUUACGUUCUUCUAUUGCCACUAUUAGAUGGGCGAUUCAGAGCAUCUUUGCAAGGAAGUCCUGCAGAUGAGCUCAAAUUCUGCAUUGAUAGUGAGGAUGUGAAUGUCCAGACUAAUCGGGUAGCUGAGGCUGUUUUCAUAAACUGGGGAGACAAUCCAUUUAUGCUCAUAAAAGAUUCUAUCAAGAUACUUGAAGUUCACAAAACUACCUUUGCACAUAUAGACCAUAAAAAGAAACCUGCACAUUUGGAUUGGUUUGGCUGGUGUACUUGGGAUGCUUUCUACUUGGGCGUUGAUCCAAUCGGGAUAAAGAAAGGCCUCCAAGGCUUGAAAGAUGGAGGCUUUGCACCAAGAUUUUUGAUAAUAGAUGAUGGAUGGCAAGAUUUGGCAAACGAGUUUCACAAUGAAGAUGAUCCGCCAGCUGCAGGAUCACAGUUUGGAUAUAGACUGGUAGACUUCAAGGAGAGCAGUAGGUUCAUGAGAUCCGGAGGGGAGAUUGGAUGUUACAGUCUUCAUGAUUUAGUCAAAUCCAUCAAAGAAGAUUAUGGAUUAAAAUACGUCUAUGUAUGGCAUGCUUUGGUUGGUUACUGGGGAGGAGUUCUUCCCUCGUCGGAGAAAAUGAAACAAUACAAUCCCAAGAUCACAUAUCCCAAGCAAUCUCCUGGUAACAAAGAGAACAUUUGGGAUGGGGCCAUGGAGAGUUUGGAGAAGUUUGGGAUUGGUUUAGUCGAUCCUGAUAAGAUAUAUGAUUUUUACAAUGAUUACCAUGCCUUUCUUGCAAGCUGUUGUGUUGAUGGAGUCAAAGUAGACGUGCAGAACAUUUUAGAAACAUUAGGAUCAGGACAUGGGGGGCGAAUAUCACUAACUCAAAAGUAUCAACAAGCACUAGAGGAAUCUAUUGCAAGGAAUUUUAAGGAAAACAACUUAAUUUGCUGCAUGAGUCACAAUUCAGAUUCUAUUUACAGUUCAAAGAGGAGUGCAACUGCCAGAGCUUCUGAAGAUUUUAUGCCCAGAGAGCCAAAAUUUCAGACCAUACAUGUUGCUUCGGUGGCAUAUAAUAGUCUCCUUCUUGGAGAAAUUGUUGUGCCAGAUUGGGACAUGUUCCAGAGCAAGCAUGAUACUGCUGAAUUUCAUGCUGCUGCGAGAGCAUUGGGCGGCUGUCCUGUGUAUGUCAGUGAUAAACCAGGUUCACAUGACUUUGAAGUACUUAAAAAGUUAGUGCUACCCGAUGGAUCUGUCCUUAGAGCAAAAUGUGCAGGGCGCCCUACCCGAGACUGCUUGUUUGUGGAUCCAGUUGGGGAUGGGAAAAGCAUGUUGAAAAUAUGGAAUGUGAAUCCAUUCUCUGGUAUCCUUGGUGUUUUUAACUGCCAAGGUUGUGGAAAUUGGCAUUUAAGAGAAGAAAAACAAAAUGCAUCGUCGUCAAUAUCUGAGCCGGUGCUGAUUACCAGCCAAGUGAGUCCUACUGACAUUGAUUCUCUUGGUGAGAUUGCGGGUGAGCAGUGGGGUGGAGAUUGUGCCGUCUAUACUUUUCGCUCUGGAUCUCUUACAAAAAUUCCAAAAGAGGGAAAAAUUGAUGUAUCUCUGGACACGCUUCAGUGGCAAAUCUUCACAAUUUCCCCUGUAAUGGUGGUUACCGCCGGACUCGAGUUUGCGCCAAUUGGUUUGAUUGACAUGUACAAUUCUGGAGGAGCAACACAUGAUCUGAAGUUCAUAUCUGACCAUUCAGAUCAGAAAGUAUGUGUAGAAGUCCGCGGUUGCGGCCGCUUUGGUUCGUAUUCCAGCAGGAAGCCAACUGGCUGUUUGGUUGAUGGGAAGGAUGAAGAAUUCCAGUACCAUGAAGAUGAUGGAUUGUUAGUCCUAGAGCUUAAAGGAGAAGGCAUUGUAAAAAAUGUAGAGAUUUAUUAUUGA